GACGUUUCCAGCUCUUGACCUUCUUGCCAUGCCAGCUCUAGAUUUGAAAGGCUGCAUUGAAGACUCUCCCGUCUUUCGGCGACGCAUUGCAGCUCAUGAGGAAUCCAUUUCCAAUUUCGAUACCUCGCUUAAAUCUUUGGUCAAGUUGGUGAAAUCCCAACUCGAUCUAUCUACAGAAUUUAGCCAAAGACAAUCACAAAUUGCCGUCGAAUUCAAUACCAUUGCGUCAGGUCAAGAUGACCCUAUAGUUGGUCACGCGCUUGACAAGUUUGCAAAGUCAUUGACAGAGGUCGAAAAAUGCCGCAAUCUGAUGAAUACACAUAUCAGUUCGAUGUUUCUUGAACCAUUGGAACAAUUUAUUCGAGCUGAAUUGGCACCUGUAAAGGAACUGAAGAAGAAAUUCGAACGUUCGAGCGACGAUGUUGACAGUUCAUUAGUGAAAUACAUGUCAAAGAAACCAAAAGAUCAAAUGAUAGCUGAGGCAUCUCGAGACUUAUACGAAAAUCGACUCAAAUUCCAAGCGGAUUACAUGGAGUAUGUCAUGAAAUUAAAUGAAGUUGAAGCAAAAAAGAAGUUCGAUUUUGUCGAAAACAUCCUUGGAUAUAUGUAUACUUCCUCUGUAUUUCAUCAUCAGGGAUACGAAAUUUUAAAAGAUCUAGAGCCAUAUAUGAGAGAUCUAACAGGACUUUUGCAAGAUUCAAGGCAAAGAUAUAGUGAAGAGCUAGAGGAGGGUCAAAAAUACCAAAGUGAAUGUUUUCAAACUAUGGUGGAGAAUGGGAAGUUGUCCACAGAGGAUAAGUCAAGAACAUCAUCCAUGUCAUCGGGACGAACGACGUCAAACGAUAUGGUUCCCAAGGCACAAGGACCAGUGUCUAAAUCGGGUUAUCUUUUCGAAAGAAGAUCAGGAAGGAUGUUACAAAGCUGGACCAGACGCUAUUAUACCAUUGAUGGUGAAGAUCUUGUAGCCACUACACGAAACCCUAAGAUGGGAAGAGAAGAAGACCAAGCAACCUCAAUGAACCUCCGCGUGUGUAGUAUUCGAGUGGCAGACGGCUAUGAUAGACGAUUUUGUUUUGAAAUUAUUUCUCCUUCACGCGUAACCGUUCUGCAGGCAGAAAACGAACAAGACGUUUUAGAUUGGGUUAAUAGCUUGAAGAUGGUAAACCAGCUUGCAUUGAACUCUGACAAGACUCUAGCAUCCUCAUUCCGCAUCUUUGGAGGCGGCAAGAAACCGAUCUCCGAUACCAAGUUUGACAACAAGCCGUUACCUAUGACCUCUGAACCUAGUACAGAAGGCGACAAAGCACUGUUCAAGCAGGUCCGAAAUAUGCCAGGCAACAAUUUCUGUGCCGACUGUAGAGCAGCUGAUCCGGAUUGGGCUAGUAUCAACCUUGGCACCUUGUUGUGUAUUGAAUGCUCUGGUAUUCAUCGAAGUUUGGGAGUUCACGUUAGCAAGGUUCGCUCAGUCACACUGGAUAAAUGGGAAACUGAAUCAAUUGAGAUCAUGUUGCUCCUUGGUAAUGUCAAAACAAAUGAGAUCUUUGAAGCUCGAUUGCUGUCGGAACAGCAAGAUAGGCCAGUGAACCCUGCUUCAUCAAGAGCCGAGAAAACUGCUUUUAUUACCGACAAGUAUGUUCAUAAGAAGUAUAUUGCUGAAACGUCAGAGGAAGAAGCAGAAGGCUUGAAUGAACAAUUUUGGAAAGCUAUCAAGAACCCCAACCUGCACACAGCCCUUCGUUGCUUGGCUUUAGGAGCAAACAUUAAUUACCGCAACCCGGAUGAAAAAUUGUAUACAGGACUUCACGUGGCUGUAUUGCAAGAAGACAUCAUUGCAGUGGAGUUUCUCUUGCAGUGGUUCUGUGACGUUGAUGAAAAAGACGAUGAUGGAUGGACAGCAUUGCACCUUGCAGCGGCUGAGAACAAUGUCAGGUUUGUUCUUACCUUACUGAAGCGACAUGCUAAGCCGGAUAUUAAGAGUAAUGCUGGCAAAACUGCGUUAGAUAUUGCUGUGGAUCAACAACACGUUCAAGCCGUAACAGCGCUACGAUUGUUUGCGUUUGACAAACAACACAAUGCAUCGCCAGCCAGCUCAUCGGAUUUCGGAUUUCGAGAAGCUAUGUCCUCGUUUAAAUCAUCACCACUGGAGUCACGGAACAGCUCAGCGUCUCACUCUGCAUUGGACUUGAGAACAACCGUGACAACAAAUUCAAAUCUAAGCGCGGUUGAAAAAACGUCCAUACUUAACGAUGAUCAAAAUUCCUCACUAUUACGGCCGUCUGGUUAGACGGGUAGACCCGUCAUAGAGCAUAGAUUGCGACUUAGAUUAUUUCACAAAGAGAUUAUUCAUCUCUGUGUACAAUAAACCCGUUUAUAUAUAUCGUACCCAUUCGCAUAAUCCCUCAAUAAAGCAUUAUCCACCGGCCGUAGCCUCA